AUGGCGGCGUACUCCAUUCAAGCCGAAGCAGCCCGAGUGCUCGAAGAGCAUCUGCUCAACAACAAAGCUCUCGAUAUACCCGCUUCCUUCAGAGAAGCAGCCAAGAGAGUGAAAUUCGUCGGCGAUAGUACCCCCUUCAUCCCAACGCCGCUGAAAAUCACCGAGUCCAGCUCAGCCUUAAAUGCUCUGGUGGGGGUUAUCGCCAGCGCAGUCUCCAAGGACCGCUAUGGCGUUGAUCACCAGGAGAUAACUGUGGAUACAGAUGUGGCAUCUCUAUUCCUCAUGUCCAUCAUCCUGCCCUCUGUAGGCGGGACCUCUGCUCUUGCACACCCGGUCAUCGCAAAGGAGCUCGCCAAGGCCGACUUAUAUGAUAUGCAAAAGCCGAUCCACCGGCAGUGCACGAAUGUAUAUAAGACCAAAGACGGACGGUGGUUUCAUUUACACGGAUCUAUGAACGCGGGUCCAACUAUGCGGAUGGUCGGGGUUCCAGAACAGGAAGUCUCCCACGAUGAGGCACAAAAGAUAUACAUGGAGCGAGUUGCUCAGUGGGAUUCCGAGGAGAUUGACCGUGUUGCGAACGAGGAGUACAGACAAGCUGGCGUGAUCUGUAACACGCCAGAGGAGUUCUUUGCGUCGGAACAUGGCCAGAUCAUGGGCAAAGAGCCUCUCUAUACACUCAAACCGCGCUCCGCGCCUCGAAAAUCCUGGCCGGAGACGAGGGACCCCUCGCGGCCUUUGGCGGGUAUCAGGGUCAUCGAUUCUUCGCGCGUCAUUGCCGCUCCUGUGAUCUCCAAGAUGCUCGCUGUGCUCGGUGCAGAGGUCCUCAAGGUGACGUGGGAGAACCUCCCUGACGUCGCCGCAACCUGGGUCGAGCUUAGUACGGGAAAGCGGGACACGAACCUCGACUUGAAAAGCGAGGCCGGUAAAAAGAAGCUCUCUGAGCUUGUCGAAUCUGCCGACAUUUUGAUCGACGGGUACCGACCCGGCGUGCUGGCGAAACUGGGCUUUGACGCUGAGUCGCUGAGGAAGAUCAACCCGAGCUUGAUCUACGUCAGGGAGAACUGCUACGGCUGGAAAGGACCGCUUUCGUAUCGAUCCGGAUGGCAGCAGGUCAGCGAUUGUCUCGUUGGGAUUUCGUGGUUGCAGGGAAAGUUCCUGGGGCUGAGUGAGCCUGUUGUGCCUUUACUGCCAAACUCGGACUAUCAAAUGGGACUUGUGGGUGCAGCGGCCGUCUCUCACGCGUUACUUCUCCGAACACAAUCAGACACGACAUUCGACAUAGAUGUCUCACUGACGCAGUACAACAUCUGGUACUACCGACUGGGCGAGCAAACACCGGAGAUCCAGAAAGCUCUACGCGCCCAGCAUAAGGAGCUGCAUCUCCGUCACUACGACGAGAUGAAUAGCUUGAUUACCAAGACGCUUGCUGCGGUGAAACAAGCCCGGCCUGACCUGUUCCAGCGGCCUGAGUACUUUGACAAAAUGAGUGGGAAGGGGUGGGGUAUUGACGAGGAUAUUUCCAUCUUGACUACGCCUUUCAAACUGGAUAAGUCGGUUCUAAAGUAUGAUACUCCGUCUGGGCGAAGGGGCAGGUCGGAGGCAAGGUGGAUAAGUGCUUAGUCCAUACUUGACCGGGCAGGGAGCCAUUGUAUCUUCUUUCUCUCGCAUAUAUAUACGAGAGGUUGGGAGCAGGAGAGAUGAUGAGUUAUAAUCCCAAC